AUCAAUCACUCAUUUUUAUAUUAAAAUUAUCUGCACGAAGUUAAAACACCUCCAAAGCUAAAACGCAAUAUCUACGCAGGUGAAAAUACGAGAUUUCAUUGUUAUUUAUUUGAAAAAUUUAAUUGCGUAUCCAUAAUCUUUUUACCAUUUUAGCUAACAUAGUUAUUAAUUGCACAAUAUGACAAUGUUUUCAUGCAUAACCUGUAAGGUGUUGUUUAACACAUCCGAAUUACAACGUGAACAUUAUAAAUUAGAUUGGCAUAGAUAUAAUUUAAAAAGAAAAGUAGCGUCUAUUGAACCUGUCACCCUUGAGGAGUUUGAAGAGAGAGCUAAAGAACAUAGAGAAAGUCAAAAUGAAAAGCAAGAUGAUUCACAAUACUGCCAAUGCUGCUCAAAGUUAUUCAGCACCAAGAACUCUUAUAACAAUCAUUUGAAUAGUAAGAAACACAAAGUGAGUGUUGAAAGAUACACAGAAAGUCAAAAGGAUCAAGAGAACAGCGGUCAAUCUGAUACAGACAGUUUUGUUAAAGUUGAAUGUACUACUGGCUUAACCAACGAACGGAGUAAAUUUGUCGUUGUGAACACUACUGAUUCUGGAGAAGAUAUAGAAACUGACUCUGAAAUAGAGGAGCUAGAUUCCGACGAAUGGGAUGAGUGUCGCAUCCAAGAAAGUGAUUCACUUAUCAAACCCCGGGAUUGUUUGUUCUGUGUACAUCACAGUAAGAAUAUGGUAAAAAACUUAAAGCACAUGUCAGAAGUACAUUCGUUCUUCAUUCCUGAUGUAGAAUUUUGUAUAAAUAUUAGAGGUCUGCUGUUGUACUUAGGAGAAAAGAUAUCACAGGGAUAUAUGUGCCUAUGGUGUAAUGACACUGGAAGGACAUUCUACUCAAUGGAAGCAGCACGGGCCCACAUGAUUGAUAAGGGACAUUGCAAGAUGUUACACGAAGGUCUUGCUUUAGCGGAGUAUGCAGACUACUAUGAUUACAGUUCUUCUUAUCCUGAUCAUGAAGAUGAAAGGGAAGAUAUGAAUGUUGAUGAAGAAAUAGAUGGUCCUACAACACUGGAAGGAGAUGAUUUCCAAUUGGUGUUGCCAUCUGGAGUUACUGUUGGUCAUAGAUCUUUGAUGAGAUACUACAAACAGAAUUUGACACAGAGCAGUCAAGCACUAGUAAAAAAAUCUGAUAGGAAACUGCACAGGCUUUUAGGUGUUUAUAAAGCCCUGGGAUGGGCGCCAAAGGAACAGAAAAUGGCUGCCAAGAAAGCUCGGGAUAUACACUUCAUGAAGCGUGUACAAGCAAAAUGGGAGAUGAAGAUGUCCAUGAAAACCAACAAGUUCCAGAAACAUUACCGACCACAAGUGAAUUUCUAGAUCUUUCGUCUCGAUUUCAGGCUAUCGCUUAUACAUUGCUGUUCUGUUAUUAAGCAAACAAUAUAUCCCAAUCAAUAUGGAAAUGUCAGGUAAUUGUUGAAAACAAUCCAUGAUUUGGAAAUGACCAACAAACUCUUGUGAUUUGCAAUGUGUGUACAAUCCAGUAACAGAUAUCCAAACACAAUGGCUGCUUAUCACAAUGAAUAGAGGUAGCCUUUUAAUUUUUCUGCAAAAUCAAUGGCAUUAUGCAUGCAAAACAAAGCCUAUGUUUUAAAUAAUAAUUUAUAAAUUUUGGCUGUGAUUUUUCCGAAGUUCAAUUGGGUGCUUUAAAUAUUAUGGUUUGUAAAACAAUAUUUAAAAUUCACUCUAAUAAUGGAUCAGAAUGUGUAUUGCAAAGACUUAAAUAAAAUACAAACAAAAA